GCAGCUCCGCGCAGCUGCAGGGGCUCACCGAGCAGCUGGCGAGGACACCGAGCGAGCGAAGGGAGCGAGAGGCUCGCGAGGCCGCCGACAAGCGCGAGAGCGACCUCCAGAGCUCCCUGGACCAGCAGGAGGCGGAGGCCCGGCGGCUCAGGAAGGAGCUCGACACUCUGCGCGAAGAGAGCGAGCGACAGGCGUCGGCUCGGCUCGGGGAGGACUCCGCCACCGAGCGCCUGCAGCGGAGACUGGAGGAGCUGGAGGAGGAGAGCUGGGGAGCAACGACUUCAUCGUCCGCGCCGCCGAGCAGCAGGCGGGCCGCGACGUGGAGGUCAAGCAGCAGCGUAGGGAACUGGAUCAGCUGCAGGGCACCGUCGCGGACAUCCAGAGGCAGCUCACUAUGAGCUACACCCAGGAGCGAGUCCUGAAGGACCGCAUCCGGGAGCUGGAGCAGAGCCACGGGAGAGGUCACGUGGCAGGCGACUACCUGAAGCACGUUAUCCUCAAGUACGUGAGGUACAACCAGUCUGGCGACCUCAAGGCGCACACGCUGGUGCCCGUGCUGGCCGAGCUGCUCAAGCUGGGCGCCGAGGAGAGGAAGGCCCUCGAGGCUGGGCCUGCCGUGCCGCACACGCUGCUGGCGCUGAACCAGGCCGUCGGCGGGGCCGCCAUGUGGAUGCGGGGCGUACCCAGCGCCGACGCCUCUGCGUCCACCGCGGCCGCGCCGGACCUCUCGGGCUGA